AUGGUCCCUUGGAUAGGUUAUCCUGGUGCAGUUUCUAACACACCAAGAUACACUCUCAAGUCAGAAACUACCAUGAGGUUUAACAUGGAGGCAGCUGUAGAGAACAAAAAUACUCCGAUUAAAUUAGCUCAGAAUACAUACUGGAACUUGGCGGGUAACAACUCAUGGAACAUUGUUGACCGCAUGAUCCAGAUUUGGGGUCCGCAUAUCACCCAUUUGGAUCAACACAAAUCAUGCGAGAUCCUUACAGGAAAGGGAUCUUCUUUUGCUAAAUGGAUAGACGAGUCUAUAGGAGAGGUGUGUAUCGGAUAUGAUCACAACUACGUAUUGGACUGUCCUGAUCAAGAGAAGGGCGGGCUGAAACACGCAAUAAUGCUGAAGAACAGUGCAAGUGAAACAAGUGGUUUCACAUGGAUGUAG